GAACAUAGGUAGACCCUUAACAGCACGUCAUGGUGAGCGGGCGCUGCUUGGAGGCACCUGCAGGCACCCGCAGGCACUCAGUAUAGGGGCCAAGGACAGCAUACACCAGUGAUGACUUGUGAAUGUUCUCGACUCAAAGUAAUUCAGAAUCAUUUUGAAGGAAAAAGAAAGGCAUCAUCUCUACUUCUGUCAAAAGUUAAUAUGUCAGACAAUCCAUUGACAAGUCAUGUGCUGGACACUGCCACUGGAAGGCCAGCGGCCAAUAUGACCAUCUCUCUGCAUAGGUUACAAGAUAGUGUCUGGCAGGAAGUGAUAACUAAAAUUACAAAUGAUAAUGGGCGUGCAGGAGAGUUUCUCAGACAAGAGGCCUUUGUGAAAGGAACUUACAAGAUGUGUUUUGAUACUGGAAAUUAUUUCAAGCAGUUGGGAACAAAAGGAUUUUAUCCAUAUGUUGAGGUUGCCUUGCCACAAAUUUCUACCCCCGGAAUUAAGAGGAAGCAAUCCUCCAUCGUCCCGACUUCCAAGCAUCCUGCUACCUUGCCUGAUGAGCCCCAUAAACCACACUCUCCCAUGACUUGUCCUCGUGCCUCUCCUAGGUCUUCCUCCCGUUGUUCUGCUGGGGCUUCUACGAAGACCGAGGCAUUUGCAUCCCAAUCAUUGUGUUUGUUAUCGAGAAGCCUGAAGAACAUUACCACAUCCCUCUUCUCAUUAGCCCGUAUGGUUACAGUACUUACCGUGGCAGUUAAGUGAGGUGGAGAUGAGAAUGUUCCUUGUUCAGUUCAAGACUAAAUCAUAAACACUUGCAUUAAUUAAUCGUGGUUAUUCUAAUGUUGCACAGUAUAAUCAUUCAUGGCACUAAUAUGUUAAGGAAAGAUUCUAUAAUGCAGCUGUGAGAGUUCUAGUUAACUCUUGCUGUGCACCAAGACAUUCCUUAUAUGCUAUUUUUAUACAGAAUAAAAGUUAUAAUAUAUAGUAAUGCUAAUAUUUUAACAUUUAGCUAUGUUAAUAAAUUAUGAAAUUAAGAUGCUGUAAUAAAUUAUAUAUUCAUCUGCAAUAAUUAACUAUAAAAA